CCGGAUAGAGGUCCUCCUCGCUUCCGCGUGCCUGUUCAACGCGCACACCCUGGCAACCAUCGAGGUCGCGCUCUGGUUCGAUAGGUUCGCGCGCGAAGGCCAAGCCCUCCCGGCCACCACGGCAUUACAAAGUGGCAUCGCAGCAGAAGCAGGCGCGCCUGGGGCGCGUGGGUCCGCGCCGUGGCGGUGCAACACCCUGCCAUCCCGCACAGACGUUGUCGAGGCGCUCAGCCGCUUCCCCAGCCUGCCACAAACACUAGGUGGCAACUUCGUCCUGCGGUAUGUGAUCCACACCGGCACCCGUGCAACCCGGGUGGAAGGGCGCCCCCUGUGGGAAUACAACGCUAUCGACUUACGCGAAACCAAGCGCGCCACCUGGGCCGGGAGACGCGCGGGUGACCAAGCCCACCGGGUUUUGGAGGCCAUCGGCGUGAGCAACACCCACCGAGAAUCCUACAGCCCGCGACCUCGCCUCUCCCGCGAGAUCAGGUGGGAAAUCAACCCGGGCGAGAGCUACCCGACAAGGGAUGCAAACACAGCGCCUGCGAACGAGCGAUGGGCGGCGCCGUUCGAUGAGGACGCGACCCAACCGGACGCGG